GCUUGAUUGCUUUCACUGCUGUCAGGUGGGGCUUUCUUAAGAACAACAGGUUUAACCGGGACAAGUAUGGAUAAACUGCUAACAGAUUUAGUGACAAAAGCAGUGUGGUUUUGUUGACACGUGAUGUUAGAAACUAUGGGGAACACUCCCUGAAAAACCCUUCAUCUGAAACUGGGAUGUGGAGGAAUAAUCAUUCACUUGUCUUUUCGUUAUGAAAUCAAUGAGACAAGACUAAAGCAAAAUACUUAAAACAAGAUAUUCGUUUUAGUAAAAGACCUUUGGUCACCUAAAACAUAAAUAAUCAGUAAUAACAUCAGAAGCAUACGAAAUAAAUGUUAAUCUCUCUUGAAAACAGCUAAUCUAAAGCCUGCUUUAAUUUGUCGGUGCACCGAAACCCGGAAAUAAAGUGCGCUCGCGCGAAGGGGGGUGGACCAACUGUGGCAAAUUCAAGAGCGAAAAAAAAAAAAAGUUCUCCUGCGAAGUGCGAACAAGUUUAGUCUCUCUAGGGAAACCUACACGGACAUGCCGUUUGAUGAGCUGAAGCACAUAUCGAUAUAUAAACUACGAAUCUAUGGACUAAUAAAUGGAUGAAACGCGCAGAAUGGAACGUGCAAUGAAAGCGUGCUCUUGAAAAUUUAGUAAGAGAUGAGGCCAUAAUUAUCGGUACGGUUUACUUAGUUCUCUUAUACCAGUACUCGUUCUUUUUAUAUUUAUAUUAUUCAUGAAUUAUUUUAAUUUUAUUUUAUUUCUGUGACUCGUCGUUCAAAGUGAAUUACCGGAAAAACACAACUUGGGUUUAGUUUUGAAAAAGAUGCUUUUUGCUUUCACAAGGCAACACCCGACUGAUAUUUAUAGCGAAACCAUCCAAUGGAAACAACUGGUUUAAUUAAUCUUUUCUAAUCGAAUCCUGAUGUUGUCAACACCAGUGGUCUCACAGCGUUGGACGUUUACAGCGUAAAGGACCUCUAUUAGGGCACACCACAGUUAAAAGAAUUGUUCGCAUCGACGGUAUUCUUUGUAAUUACCAAAAUGACUGUCAAACUGGAUUUUGAAGAAUGUCUGAAAGACUCCCCGCGAUUCAGGGCAGAAAUCGAGAAGGUGGAGGUCAACGUUAAUGAGCUGGAGACGAGACUUGAGAAGUUGGUGAAACAGUGCCACACUAUGCUGGAUGCAGGCCGUGCCUAUUGCCAGAACAGUAAGAGCUUUGUAAAUGGCCUCAAAGAGCUGGGACACCACUGUUCUGAGGACCGAACCAUGGGGGAAUGUUUAGAAAAGUUUUCUAAAAAGCUGUCAGACAUUGUCACUGCUCAAGAGGAGGUGAUUGAAACCACACAAAAGUCUGUGAAGUUGAAGCUACAGAAUUUUGUGAAAGAGGAUGUGAAGCGUUUUAAGGAUGUACGGAAGGAGUUUGAGCGUAGCAGUGAGAACCUGGAGACGGCACUGAGCAGGAACGCACAGGCACCACGCGGAAAACAGCACGAGGUGGAAGAAGCCAGCAAUAACCUCCUGAACGCACGCAGAGCCUUCAGAUCAGGGGCACUGGACUAUGUGCUGCAGAUUAAUGUCAUUGAGUCCAGGAAGAAGACUGAAAUUCUAAUGGCGAUGCUUUCUCUUAUGGAGUCCCAGGCUUUGUUCUUCCAGCAAGGCUACCAGUCACUCACAGAACUGGAAAGCUACCGCAAGCAACUGAGUGAGGAGUAUACUCAACUAGUCCUGAAUUCUGCAAGAGAGAAAAGGGAUAUGGAGCAGAGCCUUGGUGCUGUCAAGAAAAAGGAUGUGUCAUAUGAUGACUCCAUAAUGGACUUCAGCCCAGAUGCACCCAAUGGCAUCGCGAUGGAAGGUUACCUGUACAAGAGAGCCAGCAAUGCUUUCAAAACAUGGAGCAGGCGCUGGUUCUCCAUUCAGAAGAACCAGUUGGUUUACCAAAAGAAACAUAAUGAGCAGAUCACUGUUGUUGUGGAGGACUUGCGUUUAUGCACAGUGAAGCCUUGGAGUGAACAAGACAGACGAUUCUGCUUUGAGGUCGUCUCUCCCUCCAAGAGCUGUUUAUUACAGGCUGAUUCAGAGCGACAGCAGCAAAGCUGGAUCAGCGCUGUCCAGAACAGCAUCGCCUCAGCAUUCCAGGACAGAAGAGAUGACAAUCUUGGCCCUAGAGAUCGCUGUAGCUCAGUGUCUGCGGGAAGUGUGCGUUUGAGUGCAGGGGAGCCGGAACCGUCUGGUCGGGAGGCUCUGGAGGAGGUGCAGGCCAUCUCAGGGAAUGGGCAGUGCUGUGACUGCGGGGAGCCUGGACCCGACUGGGCCUCUAUCAAUCUGGGCAUCACACUGUGCAUUACCUGCUCUGGCAUACACAGGAGUUUAGGUGUCCACUUCUCGAAAGUACGAUCCCUGACGCUGGACUCAUGGGAGCCAGAGCUCAUCAAACUCAUGUGUGAGUUAGGAAACGCAGCCAUUAACAAGAUCUACGAGGCGCGUAUUGAUGAGAUCACAAUCAAGAAGCCUCAUCCCUCUAGUCCAAGACAAGAUAAGGAGUCGUGGAUUCGUUCUAAAUAUGUAGAGAAGAAAUUUAUCCACAAGCUCCCGGAGACUGGUAGAGGAACGGUCCUGCGGCGCUCCAGUGCCCGACGGAACAGAACAACCACACAGGACAGACCCAACACACGCCCUGCCCUCAAACCCAAACCCAACCGAGCCACUCUGCCACGACUCGCGGGCCUGAACCCAAGUGACAUAAUGAAGAACAAUUCCAGCUCUCAUAAAGAUAAUGAAGAAGAGGAGGAUCUAAGUGGUCUUCAUCCUGGGGCUUUGCUUUAUCGAUCUGCGGCAAUGCAGCAUUUCCCUCUCAUGGCAGACGCUCUGGCGCAUGGCGCUGAUGUCAACUGGGUCAAUGUGGCUGAAGACAGCAAAACUCCACUAAUACAAGCCGCUAUGGUUAAUUCCUUGGCAGCCUGUGAGUUUCUCCUACAGAACGGUGCUAAUGUUAACCAGGUGGACUCAAACGGGAGGGGGCCACUACACCAUGCUACCAUACUGGGACAUACAGGGUUGGUGUGUCUGUUUCUUAAGAGAGGAGCGGACUACAACGCAAAAGACACUGAUGACAAGGACCCAAUCGGCAUUGCCAUAGAUAACGCCAAUGCUGACAUCGUCACGCUACUCCGGAUAGCCAAGAUGAACAAGGAGAUGCGGGAGAUGGAUGGCACUCCAUCAGGUGAUGAUACCUAUCAUGACAUUUUCAGGGAUUUCUCCCAAAUGGCUUCCAACAAUCCAGAGAAGCUUAAGCGCCGUAGCGCUGACAUGAAAUGAUCCACCUGACCACUAGAUGUCAAUGUUACACCAAUACACACACACACAUACACACACACACCAGUAGGCAAAAUGAAAUGCUGCUUCAUUUGGUUUGUCUGGCGUACAUGAGUGUGGGUCUGAACAUCUGGGUUUUUGCGUAUUUAUCCCGGUUUAGGCUUCAGGAUGUCAUCAGUCAUUUGGUGUUUCCUGUCAGUUAUUUCUUCUUUUCACAGAUGUUCUGUAGCCUAAUAAUUUAUCAUUUGAGCAAGUUUACAUUCCAAAUGGUAUGAAAGCAAGACAAGCCAGACUGUAGAGGUGGAGCGGAUGCUUCUGUGUAUCUCAUUUAGAUGCCAAUGAAUAUUUCCUCAUUUAGAUGAUUUUCAGUGAACAAGUUGCUUUUCUUCUUUUUAUUCACUAUGUUGUGAGCCACAGUGUUAAUGCAACUUGAAUGUACUUGUUACUUUGGGUGAGAGAUCACUGUUUUCUUGGUUCCCCUGUAUAAUUUUUAUUUUUAAAUUUCUUUUUAUUUUCUUUAUAAUUUGUAUUUCUCUUUUUAUAAGAACAAAACCUGUUUGAAAAUGUUCUAAACAACGUGUAUAAAUGAAUAACCGUAAAAACGGUAGAAUGUGUAGCUAAGUAAAUAAAUGAUUCUUAUUAUGCGACUUGUUUUCUGAGAAUUUAGCAGUAAAACCUAAAACACCAUUUAUACAAACUACUGUUCACUACCAUUCAAAGUUUGGGGUCUGUAAGAUGUAUUUUUAUUUUUUUUCACAGUAGUUUUAUUGGGUUUUUAUUAGUUUUAUUUAUUUAUUCAAGGGCACAGUAAAGUGUUCA